UCCAUCAGCCCUCCUAUGGUGGCACUCCCUGGAUGGAAGACACAUCGUUGUCAUGGGAACGGAGAAAGGAGAGGUCAUAAUGGUUGACCUUGGUCUGGAGCGUGAUGUUCGGACGGUGAUGAUUGGUGAGGCGAUAGCAUCUAUAGAUAUGAUCAGAUACGAAGACAACCUGGGAUAUCUGCUGGUGUUCACCAAGGGAGGCAACCAAUGGGGAAUGCUGUUAGAACAGUCUUCUGAGGUCUGUGCUCUCACCACCUCUAUGGAGAUGGAGGCAGAGAUUCUAGAGUAUGAGGUCAUCCAAGCCGACAGUCUUCCAAUCAGGAGUAUUCUUCAUGCAGGACUUCUCAGUGAAGAACUUGUUCUGUUUUCAGAUGGGAAAUCUCCUGGCUUUGCACCUGUUCGCUUCCAGCAGUUCACCCAGAAUAUUCAACUCACUUCCCAGUAUGCCAGAGGGCGAUCACUCGUCGCUGGCCAUAACUUCACCGCUAACAUCUUCAAGAUCUAUGACAGCAGUAUAGAUAACUGGAUGCCACUCUAUGUCUACCGGAUACCUCCUGCAUCUCAUCAAAUACUUCUCACCAACAGACUUCUCUUCUGUAUUACAGUAUCAAGGGACAACCAGGUUAGCCUCCUUGUCUUGUCCAAUCAGAAAUCAGAAGUGUCAUCACCUGACCAGAUGGCAAACAAGGAUGCCAUCCUGCAGACCUUCCACUUUCCUGAGGGGGAGUCAUUCAUUGGAAUGUACCGUCACAAUGCUGAUUUGACCACCGGGAGGCGGAGAAGGGCAGCAUCAUCUCUGGGCCACACCCGCCAUCACAGGGCCAGCAGUGGUAUCAAGGGUGGGUUACCUGCUGAUGGGGAGGGGGAGGAGUCAGAUGAUGAUUAUUACAGCACCUCAUCUGAGCUGGCUGAGUCAGAAGCAGGGUUGCAUGGUGCCCUGCAUCCUGAGAGUGACCCUCACAGAACAACCCUCUGCACCGCCCUUGAUGGGUGCACCGUGGUGACCAAUCGGGCGGUCUACCAUUGUAGGCCUAGGAUCUCUCCGGAGGGACUGUUCCUAGACCUGGCCCUGUCAGAGAGGGAUGGGUCCAUGGCCGAGAACCUGGGUAUCACUCUAGGCCUGGACAUGAACUCUCUCUAUGAGAUUGCGGCGGAGAGGAAGCUGGCUGCGGGCGAAGUGCAGACAGCUCUGAAUCUCUACCAGAGUUCACAGUGCUCUUACAUCAAGCAGGUGACCAAUCUAGCCAAGUUUGGCCACAUUGCAGAGAUUCUCUCUCUGGUCACUGUAGCUCUGGGCAGAACAUCGGAACUGAGUGGUCAAGACCGCAAGAUGCUAGCCAACAUAGCCAUCAAGUGCUUCGUCUGUGAGAUACUGGAAGGUGACAGGAGAGAAGAGCUUAUGUUUAAUUUCAAGCAGUUCAUCAUGGAAAGCUUUGACUAUAAUGAGGAUGCAGCCUUGGAGCUCUUUGCUGCAUGUGGGCUUCAUGACAUCCUCAUUCAAGUGGCAAAGGCCCGGGGCAAGCUCUCCGUCGCCCUCGACCUGAUCCUGCAGACAGGGCUUCCUCAGAUAGACUGCUGCUUGAGGAAACAGCUGGUCUCUCAAGGCUACAUCACCAAGUUCUCUGCGGCAGGCGACAUGUCGUUUGUGAGAUGCAUGCCCCCUCAACAGGCCAUCACGCACCUACUUGCUAAGCCUGAGCUGAUCUUCAGAUACACUGAGUUUGUGAGAGGUUGUCUGGACGAUGUAGACGCCAAGACGUUACUCAAAUUGGCUCAACUAUUUGACCCGUCCAAACCCACCCUUAGACCACUCCUCAAGAGCCAGAGAGAAAGGAGUCAUUCUACUGGUUCAACCUCUUCUUAUGAUAGCUUCAGGACUGCUCAGUGCUCUACAGACAGUGAGGAUGGUGCUUUGUUCCCUAAACCCAGUGUGCUAAUAGAGAUCUUUCUCAUCAUCCUCCUUAAACUCAACAAGAAGAGAAGAGAACAGGGCAGCACCCAAUCCUUGGAGAAUGGUCAUGCCUGUGAUCUCACCAUCCCUGUCUGUCCUGAAGAUACCUUGAACAGCUCUGACAGGUUACCUGUGGGUCUCCUGUUACCAACUCAGAAUGUCUUAGCUUGUGGACAGGACCAUGCUGCUAUAGUAGCCAACGGGGAUGUCUAUACGUGGGGCAGGGCGCAUGAAGGAAGGUUAGGUCAAGGAGAUAUAAUGUCUCUGGAUGGUAGAGCGCCCCCACUCAGAGUAGAGACUCUUCACAUGCACGGUAUCCACGUCAGGGCAGUGGCUUGUGGGAAGGAACAUACUAUGGCCGUCACUCAGGAGGGAAAACUAUAUAGUUGGGGUAGCUCCUCCUAUGGUCAGCUGGGGGUCGGGGACAGGAACGUCCACUCCAGACCGGUAGCUGUAGAAGCUUUGAGUGGUCAACGAUGCCUAUCAGUGGCCUGCGGUCAGCUUCAUACAUUGGUGCUAACACAAGACCAAAGACUGUGGAGCUUUGGUUGGGGUGUCCACGGUCAGUUAGGACACGGAGACGUAGAGGACCAAAUCUUGCCAAAACUUGUCAACCAGUUAAGUAAAUGUGCAAUAGUUGGGAUCAGUGCUGGUUACGCUCAUAGCGGAGCACUCACCAAUGAUGGACAGGUAUGGAUGUUUGGAUCCUCAUCUUUUGGUCAGCUUGGUACUGGAUCUAUAGGAAAGUCAACCGUUCCCGUCCGAUUGAAAGCAUUAAGUUCCCACCAUGUCAGCAUAUUAACGUGUGGCUACUAUAGCAAUAUUGCCAUCACCAGCAACCCUCAGAAGGUCUACACGUGGGGGAAGAGCCCUCUAGAGUUGAGACAGGCGUUACAGCUUGCCAGGAAACGUCAUCAGUCAUCUCGUUACAGUAACCCUGACCCUCAUCACCAGACUGUGACCAGACUGCCUUCUCUUCCACUCGAGAACCAGCAUCUCUUGCCGUCCCUUGUACCGACCAACAUACAAGCACCUAUAAAAAAGAUGACGAUGUCAGGGAAUCACUACCUGAUGUUGACUACUGUAGGAGACCUGUAUAGCUGGGGUAGCAAUGAAGCAGGCCAGCUAGGCAUGGGAAACAGAGUCAGUCAGAGUGUCCCAGUUCUCAUCAACCGAUCAAGGGAUGAUCAGUUUGUUGCGGUAGCUGCUGGCUCCCGUUUCUCACUGGCUGUUAAUUAUCAGAACCAAGCUGUAGCUUGGGGGUCAGGGGACUAUGGAAAGCUUGGCAUGGAAACUCAAAAGACGAUGCAUCUUCCACCCUUCCCCACAUCGGCCUACCCGGACCACAGGUCAGGUUCUAAGAACACCCACAGGACCUUCCUUCAACCCACCAUCAUACCAGGCAUACCAGCUAUACAUGUAGAGAGGGAGAGUAUAGCCAGCUGUGAUAGCAGUGAUGAGAGCUCCGAUGGGGAGGAUGAGCUCCAGGAUAGUGGGGUAUUAGAGUCCAUCAUCUCAGGCCUACCUGACUUAGCUCAGCCAGAUGAAGAUCUACCAGUCUAUGGCAAGCCAAGUCUCUCUCUUACUCUCACACAUUUGCAGACCUUCUUCAGCACUGCAACCAUCCUACACCAUGCAGUCAACACAGAACACUGGUGGUUAGCAGUGGAAUUAAGCCAACAGACUGGUGCUCAUAUCUCAGCAUUAGGCUACAGUCUCAGAGAAUUAGAGACUGGACUUAUUAGUGAUCACCAAGCACACCAGGAGAAAGUAGUGACUACUGUCACCAAGUAUUUAAGAUUGGUUUUAGAGAAAGCACCAACUUCCAGGUUCAAUGAAGCUAUCGUCAUAGAAACUGGCAAGCAGCUGUUGAUCCAGAUCUUCCACUACUGGCAUCGUCAUCAGCACCUAGCUAUCAAUGAAUUGGAAUCUCUUCUUCUACCUCAUCUAGAUCUACUGGCUCAGCCACUCAGUUCAUUACUCUUCAGUGUGGAUGAAGGUGCAAGAGAUAAAGAAUCAGAGCCAGGCAAAGCCGACUACCUCAUACCUCCAGCAUUCUUAGAUCGCUUCAGCUCUUCGUUCUGCUUAGAGAUCACCAACCAUGUAGUGGCCUCUGUCUCCAGUAGUCAGCCCUCGUUGGCAAACCUAGACCAGGUACUGUCUACUUUCAUUCCAGUUCAAACCAGUUCCAACCAGUUGAGACUGGAUGCAGCCGCCGCCACUGCUUCGUCUUCGUACGACAGUGUGCCUGCAGAGAAGCUCUGGCAGGAGAUCCUGUUCAACCUAAGGAAGGAUGCCAUGUCUCAGAGUUACAUCAGACUUUCCGGGAAGGAUCUAGCAGCCUUGGUGCCUGGAGGCGGGUCACCAUACGAGGGCGGGAGCAGGGUGUCAUUGGAAUGUGUGGUGUUUACCUGCGGGCAUCACUAUCAGAGGCAGGAUUUGAAGCAUCAGGUCAUGUCAACGUGGGGUACAGACAUGGAGGCUCUCCCCGUCCCUCUUCCCAUCACUCAGAAAGCAUUACAGGCCAUGUAUACCGAUGAAGGGGAUAAGACAUUACCCGGGGCAUGCCCUCGAUGCAUACAUAGUGCAAUAUUGGCCUACCAAAAAGAGUAAUUCUGUGAAAGACAACUCUGAAGAGCAUCAUGCGGGCAAACGGGGAUCUGUGCAUUUAUUAUUGUGUUUGUGUCUCUUAAAAAUGAAUGGUUAUCGUUAGCCAAAUUUCUAGAAAUUAUUUGAAUAUAUGCAACAUGAGCAUAAGAUGAAAUACUAGGCCCUAUCUUAUAAAUAGUUAUGCAACAUGAUAUUAAUUAAAACUGUACUUAAUAGAGAUAGGUGUAUGUAAGUUUGCAUUGAUUGGAGGACCUGCGAUCAAUGGGGAUCAGACCUUACUCUUUAUAAGACAGGACCCAGAUUAACAUCCAUUUGAUAGGACUCAACUCUGCUACAAGCAUCCGCAUACCAUCUGACCAGUUAGUGUGAAAAAGCUUCUGUACGGUAUAUACCUGUAGACAAUUUGGCUUUUUCUCAGACUUGUGGCAUAAGGAAAGAAUCCUUCCUCCACAUCUAGUUGCGAUGCUUCCUCCAUUCAUCUACCAGUAAGUCAUAUUAGAGAUGCUUGUGCGUCUACUUGUUUGUUGUAAGACUAUUUUUACUCGAUAUGUUACUCAUUCUGCUGUAAACAGUGUAAAUAUUCAUGUAAUAUACAGAUAGAUAUGUAUCUUUAAUUUUAUCUUUUACGCAAAUUUCUAUGCCAACCUUUUCGCAUGAAAGAUGAUUUUAUGCAUCAAUGUUCUUCCAUGAAAUAACUUGCCAUGUUUCUUUCAGGUCGUUAAAAGAAUUUUUGUUUGUCUCCCUUUGUCGUGAUUGACAUGAGAAUCUGCUACAGCCAUUUUGUGAUAGAUGUGCUAGCAAAAGAAAGUCAUUGUGGUUGUAUAUAUUUGAAGUUUAAGAAGUGAUUUGAAAUAUGCAAGUAACUUGUCUCAUAUACCGGCAAAUAGAAACAGAGAAGAGCUUUGGAGAAAGCCUUAAUUACAGUGCUAGUACCUAGAUCAAAUUAUCUACCUUCACAUUAUCUAAAGUUGGUUCAGAAUCGAACCUGGCAUUCUAAAUAUAUUUAUUCACACCUUAUUAUAAUGCCUUUAUCCUACUUUUUUUUUUUAUGUUAUAGUUUGAUGAUUUUAGUAGAGUAAGCUUGUUUCUUUAUCUCACAUAACCUACCACAUAAGUAUUGUAUUAAGCAUUAUUUGUAGUAUUGGCCUAACCAAAAACCCACCUGUCACUUUUAACUGAACUAAUAUUAGAGACAAUAAUGAAUACAUUUUGAAAAUAUAAGUUACAAACUAUUAUGUUUUGACAAGUUUCAAUCACUAUACUCUUACCUUUACAAAUGUAUAUCCAAAGUAAUUGCUUAUAUUUUUGAAAUAAAUGAUUU